UUGAACCGGCUCUUUGAACCGGCUCGUCCGCGACCGACACAUCACUAGCGCGAGCCAUCCAUGGAGCGAGCGAGCUAACAGUUACCUGAGCAAGGAAAAGGGAAAAAGAUGCCAGAGCACACUGCAGCAUUCAUGGAUGCUUUCAAGGUAGUAUCGCCCGUUGGAGUACAGGAGUCAACUAGGACAGGAUUCUUUGUUGUUCUCCUUGUCCCCUCUGACAUAGUUGGAAACAAUACUUGAACCCCCCUCCCUGUCCUGUUGCUGCUCCCCCUUGAAGACCUCCACCUCCACCUCCUCUUCCUCCCUCCGCUCCGCCGUCCCUGUGAUGCCUCCCUCGUGCUGUGGCUACCUGUCACAGUACACCCAUCAUCAUCUGGUUGCCUUCCUCCUCACCUUCUUUAGCUAUGUCUUGCUGCAUGCGUCCAGGAAGACGUUCAGCAAUGUGAAAGUGAGCAUCUCGGCCCAGUGGACACCAUCCAUCCAGAAUGACAGUCUCUCCCCCGGCGAGACAUGGGGGGAAAAUCAUCUGUUCGAGGAUGAAAAGCAGGCCACUCUGUUCCUGGGAGCUCUGGACUCCAUCUUCCUCUUCUCGUACGCAGUGGGUCUGUAUCUCAGCGGUGUGAUUGGGGAUAGAGUGAACCUGCGCUACGUGCUCUGCUUCGGCCUGUGCGGCUCUGCUGCAGUGGAGUUUGUGUUUGGCACUCUCACCGAAUGGCUCCACAUCUACAACAUCUAUCUGUACUGCGGCCUCUGGGUGCUGAACGGCCUGCUGCAGUCAGCCGUGUGGCCCUGCGUGGUGGCCGUCAUGGGCAACUGGUUCGGCAAGACGGGCCGCGGCUUUGUGUUUGGCCUGUGGAGUGCCUGCGCCUCUGUAGGCAACAUCCUGGGAGCCUUCCUGGCUUCUAGUGUGCUCAAGUACGGAUAUGAGUAUGCCUUCCUGGUGACCUCAGUGGUGCAGUUUGCUGGUGGGGUGGUGGUGUUCUUCGGCCUGCUUACCUCCCCGAAGGAAGUUGGUUUGAGUUUGGAGUCAGAGACCGGACUCAGCCCGGUGGAGACGGACACAGACAGCCAUCGGCCGUUAAUGAGCGACGAGGAGGAGGAGGUAGAGGUGGAGGUGGAGGUGUACGGCAGACAACACCAGUCAAUCCAGCAGCCGGACGAACCUCUGGACGAGGCUCCUCAAGCCAUCGGCUUCUGCCAGGCUUUCUGUCUGCCCGGAGUGCUGCCUUAUUCCCUGGCGUACGCGUGCCUGAAGCUUGUCAACUACUCCUUCUUCUUCUGGCUUCCUUUCUACCUGAGCAACAAUUACGGCUGGCAGGAAGCUCAGGCCGACCGCCUGUCUGUGUGGUAUGAUGUCGGAGGAAUCAUAGGAGGGACAGUUCAGGGUUUGAUAUCUGACUUCUUGGGAAAAAGAGCACCAGUGUUGGCCACUAGUCUGGUGUUGGCGAUGGCAGCCCUAGUGGGAUACAGCCGCUCACCUAACGACCAGUUGAUCAACGCUGUGCUGUUAGCUAUCACUGGCUUCUUCAUUGGCGGCCCGUCUAACAUGAUCAGCUCCGCCAUAUCUGCUGACCUGGGCAGACAGGAGGCUCUGAGGGGGAGUAAGGAGGCUUUAGCUACCGUCACUGGCAUAGUGGACGGGACUGGGAGUAUAGGAGCUGCUGGGGGACAGUACCUGGUGUCCCUGCUUGAGAGCAAGCUGGGCUGGAUGUGUGUCUUCUACUUCUUCGUUGUCAUGACAGGGGGCAGCAUUGUGUUCAUCACUCCUUUGCUCGUCAAAGAGGUGCGUGCCAUGUGGAGGGACAGACGGGCGAUGCGCCGGCAGCUGUGAAAGCGGCAACAUCUGGCAGCCGUAAUGUUUUCUACUCUUUAUCAGUGAGUACAGUGCAGGGCUGCUCAGAAAACAGCUCCUUUUUUAGGUGAGGUGGAACUGUUUGUCACAGCCACAAUGGUUAAGGUGAUGUGGAGUACUCCCACAGUGACCAGUGUUUGUCUGUCAGCACUCCUGUGAGCAGAAAAGGAGAACACUGAAGUCUUAUCCACUCACUUAAAGCAUAAAAUGUGUGAAUGAUUUAAAGGUUUGAGCUGAAGUGCCUGAAUGGGGGGGGAGAAAAAAAGAAAAGAAA